GCAUGACAUUUUUUUUUUUUUUUUCUGGUGAAUUUGAGCUUUAUUUCAUGAAGAAUUAGUUGUCGAGUAAAUAUCAUCAGCAUCAGUAAUUUUAAACAUAUACUCUAAAAGGUUUCAUAAAUAAUUUUUCGUUUAAAUUUAAUAAAAAAUUCUUGGAUAUUUUAAAUACACAUAGAAAAAUGUUGAAACUUUAUGAGUGAGAAUAUGUAACAGUGAGUGUUUGUGAAUAACUCACAUAUAAAAUUAAAAAUAUAUUUGAAUUUUGUAAAUGUGAAGUGUCAAUGAAAAGGUAUUAUUUAUGAACAAUUCAACUGAAGAUCAACUAAGAAUGGUCUCCCACGUUCUACCAAUAACAGGAGAUAUGCAACAGGGAAAUGGAAGUGUCGGAAGUCCAAGUUUAAGUAUGCAAGAUUCACCACAUUCAUUGAAAAUAAAACAGGAAAGUUUUCAGUUAUCACCGACAUCAUUACUUCCCUCCCUUCAUCAAGUAAGCAGUUUUGUAUCUGAUUUAUCACCAAGUUGUAUGAUAAAUUCAACAUCAAAGGAUUUAUCAGGAACAAAUUAUACAAGAAAUUUAACAUCUCAUCAUUUGCCACAUCAACAAGAUCACCACCACCACCAUCAUCAACAUCAACAUCAUCAUCACAAUCAUCAUAGUGCACGAUCAACACCAUCAUCACAUUCAAAUAACCAUCAUCAUCACCAUAAUAAUAAUAGUAGUAAUAUUAAUAAUAAUAAUAAUGAUGAUAUUGAUAAUAAUAAAAUAUCAUCACCACCAAUUGAUUUACAAAAUUCAACAACAAAUACAAAUAAUACUGGUAUUAUUAAUAGAAAAAAUUGUAAUAUAGAUACAAAUUUAGAUAGAAUUAGUGUCGAUACAAAUACAAAUAGUAUGAGUGGUAAUGAAGCAUCAUCAACAACAGUUAAACCACCAUUUAGUUAUGUUGCAUUAAUUGCAAUGGCAAUUAAUGAUAGUUCACAUAAAAAAGCAACAUUAAGUGAAAUAUAUUCAUAUAUUACAACAAAAUUUCCAUAUUAUGAAAAAAAUAAAAAAGGAUGGCAAAAUUCAAUAAGACAUAAUCUUUCAUUGAAUGAAUGUUUUUUAAAAGUACCAAGAGAAGGUGGUGGUGAACGUAAAGGAAAUUUUUGGACACUUGAUCCUCAGUAUGAUGAUAUGUUUGAAAAUGGUAAUUAUAGAAGAAGAAAAAGAAUGAAGAGACCAUACAGAAAUGCACCUUAUCACAAGUCAUUAUUUGUUGAGCCAUAUCCAACAAGUCACGUUCAUUUAAGUGCAACAAGAAAUCUUUUUGCUCAGUCACCACCAUCAUAUGCUCCAACAUAUUCAAGAUACGACACAAGUUCGUGGGGACUUCAACAGCCACAGAUGUCAUACAGUCACUGUCAAGCACUGCAAUCAAAUGCAAUGCAACUUCAACCAAUGCAAAUACCAACAAUGAAUGGCUACGGUCAAUUCAACACAUUGAGUGGUAAUACAGGUACACAGAGUGCAAUGUCAAGUGGUACAUUUGGAAGUAAUUUUGCAGCUUGUGCUAGAAGACAUGAAAGUAUUGUAUCGGGUGAUCCAAUGCCUGGUAGAUGUGCUUACUGGCCUGAGAUGGUGAAUGUUAAGGAAGAACCUGGUUCAUCAACAGUUACAUCAACUGGAUUAGGAAUGAGUCCAAUAAGUAUUGGUCAAACUGCUGUAACAACAUUACCAAUUACAACAAAUGUCACAUCAUCAAAUUUUCCAAAUGUCGAUUUUCAAUCACGUUCAAAAUGUUACAUGUGAAACAACAGGAUCUUAAUUACUUCAUCUUUUUUUAAAGGUAAAAAAUUCAUUCUCAUAAAGAUAAAAAAAUUUUUUAGAAAAAAAAAAUUUAAUUUGUUUUAUUUUUUUUUUUUCAUAUUAUUAUUAAUAUUAUUUUAGAGUGAUGACACGAGUCUUUAAACACUUUUUAUUUUAUUUAAUUUUUUUUUUUUUUAAUAUUCGCAAUUUAAUUUCGAUUCAAUUAUUUUAUUAGUUUUAUUUUAUAUGUAGAAUUAUUUUAUUUAGAGAAAAAUAUUUUUUUUAUUAUUUUUAAUUACUGGAAAAUGUUUAAAGAUUGAACUUGUCACUCUCUACAUAGAAUUGUGAGAAAUAAAAAAAUUUAUAAAAUAAAUAUACUAGAAUAAUUAUAAGGGGAAAAUAACUAAACCAAAAAAAAUAAAAAAAAAACUUAAUCACUAUUUUAAUUCUUUUCCAUUUUGAUUUUUUUUUUUUUUUUAAAUAUUUAAGAUUUUUAUUUUGUGGGUUCAAUAUUUUAAUGUUUAAUUUUUUUCAUAAACAUAUAAUUUUAAUUAUCUCUUUUGUCAAGUAUUUUGAAAAUAUUUUCAUAAAUAAAAUAAUAUUUCUCUUCAAAAUAAAAAGGCGCAAUAAAUUAAACAAAUAACACGCGUCCAAAUAAAUAUUAUAUCUUGAUAUAAAAUAAAUAAUUGUGAUGUGAUGUUAAUUAAUAUUAUUUAUAAUUCAUUUCAUUUACUACAUGAAUAAAUUAAUAAUAUAAGAUGAUUUUAAAGAUUGUUUAAUCAAAUCUUAAUAUAAUUAUUAUCAUAAUAAUGUUAAAUAAUUAAAAAAGAGACAGAUGUUGACACUGAUGAGGAAAAAUAAUUAAAUUUUCUUUAUCAAAAUAAUCAUAAAAAAAUAAUAAUAUUAAUUUAAAUAAUAAAAAAUAAAUAGUAACUAUUAUUAUCAUAAUAUAACUGGAUUAUAAAAGUAUUAAAUAAAUUUCAUUUAUAAAUAAUUUAUCUGUAUAUCACCGCAUUUGAUCAAAUUUUUCAUUUAAAAAAAAACCAUCGCAUAUUUCCUGAUAUAAAAUAUCAAAAAUUAAUUCGAAAUAAUCUAUUAUUAUUUCAUUUAUUUGUAAUAAAAAAUUAUCAAUAUAUAUGUUUAAUUGUUUAUAAUAUAAGUAAUGAAAAAAAAAAAUAAAUAAACAUAGAAAAUAUAAUGAUGAAAAUAUUAAAAAUAUAAAAAAAAUGUUUAUACUGGUGAGUAAAAAAAAAAUAAUAAUAAUAAUUACUGAUAAUAGAAUGAGGAAGAAAUAAAAAGGUAGUAGAAAAAAAAAUGAUAUCAAUAUAUAUUGAAAAAGGGGAGUUGAUCAUAAAGCUCCACCCAUCAGUGGCUCUCAUGUUGAAUUGAUUUUAUCAAUAAAAGGGCCAAUAAU